CCCCACCCUCCAGCCUCACCGGCGACAGGUAGCCCCGUCGCCGCGCACCUGCCCUCGCGUCCGCACCGGAGGUCGUGGAUAGCUCCCUUCGAAAAUGGAGGACGGAAGGCCCGUGUGGGCCCCGCACCCCACAGAGGGGUUUCAGAUGGGCAACAUCGUGGAUAUUGGCCCUGACAGCUUAACCAUUGAACCCCUAGGUCAAAAAGGCAAGACAUUUUUGGCUCUCAUAAACCAAGUGUUCCCUGCAGAAGAGGACAGUAAAAAAGAUGUGGAAGAUAACUGUUCAUUAAUGUAUUUAAAUGAAGCCACACUACUCCAUAAUAUCAAAGUUCGAUACAGUAAAGACAGAAUUUACACCUAUGUGGCCAACAUUCUGAUUGCAGUGAACCCAUACUUUGACAUACCUAAAAUCUAUUCUUCAGAUGCAAUAAAGUCGUACCAAGGAAAAUCCCUUGGGACAAUGCCACCUCAUGUGUUUGCAAUUGCUGAUAAGGCUUUUCGAGACAUGAAGGUGCUCAAGAUGAGUCAGUCCAUCAUUGUAUCUGGAGAAUCAGGAGCUGGCAAAACAGAAAAUACAAAAUUUGUUCUAAGAUAUCUGACUGAAUCCUAUGGAACCGGUCAAGAUAUUGAUGAUAGAAUUGUUGAAGCUAACCCACUCUUAGAAGCUUUUGGAAAUGCAAAAACUGUUCGCAACAAUAAUAGCAGUCGAUUUGGGAAAUUCGUAGAAAUACAUUUCAAUGAAAAGAGUUCAGUUGUUGGAGGAUUUGUUUCACAUUAUCUUCUAGAGAAAUCUAGGAUCUGUGUUCAAGGCAAAGAGGAAAGGAAUUAUCAUAUCUUUUAUAGGUUGUGUGCUGGUGCUUCUGAAGAUAUUAGGGAAAGACUUCAUCUGAGCUCUCCAGAUAAUUUUCGGUAUUUAAACCGAGGCUGCACUAGAUACUUUGCUAACAAAGAAACUGACAAACAGAUUUUACAGAACCGAAAAACUCCUGAGCAUCUUAAGGCAGGUUCCUUGAAAGAUCCUUUGUUGGAUGACCAUGGAGAUUUUAUUAGAAUGUGCACAGCCAUGAAAAAGAUUGGCUUGGAUGAUGAAGAAAAGCUUGAUCUGUUCCGGGUAGUAGCUGGUGUCCUUCACCUUGGGAAUAUUGAUUUUGAGGAAGCUGGCAGCACUUCAGGUGGUUGUAAUCUGAAGAAUAAAUCUACUCAGUCAUUGGAAUAUUGUGCUGAAUUACUGGGUCUGGAUCAAGAUGAUCUUCGUGUAAGUUUAACUACAAGAGUCAUGCUGACAACAGCAGGGGGCACCAAAGGAACAGUGAUAAAGGUACCCCUGAAAGUGGAACAGGCGAACAAUGCCCGGGACGCCUUGGCAAAGACUGUCUAUAGCCAUCUUUUUGAUCGCGUGGUCAACAGAGUAAACCAGUGUUUUCCUUUUGAAACAUCGUCCUAUUUUAUUGGAGUCCUGGAUAUUGCUGGGUUUGAGUACUUUGAACAUAACAGUUUUGAACAAUUUUGUAUCAACUAUUGUAAUGAAAAGCUUCAGCAGUUUUUUAAUGAAAGGAUUCUGAAGGAGGAACAAGAACUCUAUCAAAAGGAAGGUUUAGGGGUGAAUGAAGUGCAUUAUGUGGAUAAUCAGGACUGUAUAGAUUUAAUUGAAGCAAAAUUAGUGGGAAUAUUGGAUAUUUUGGACGAAGAAAAUCGCCUUCCCCAGCCAAGUGAUCAGCACUUCACAUCUGCAGUUCACCAGAAGCACAAAGACCAUUUCCGACUUUCUAUUCCUAGAAAGUCUAAGCUGGCAGUUCACAGGAACAUCCGAGAUGAUGAAGGCUUCAUCAUCAGGCAUUUUGCCGGGGCAGUGUGCUAUGAAACAACUCAGUUUGUGGAAAAAAAUAAUGACGCUUUACAUAUGUCUCUUGAGUCCUUAAUAUGUGAAUCCAGGGAUAAAUUUAUCCGGGAACUAUUUGAAUCGUCCACAAAUAACAACAAAGACACUAAACAAAAAGCAGGAAAACUUAGCUUCAUCAGUGUGGGAAACAAGUUCAAGACACAGUUAAAUUUGCUUCUGGAUAAACUUCGAAGUACAGGAGCAAGCUUUAUUCGCUGUAUCAAGCCUAAUUUAAAGAUGACAAGCCAUGACUUUGAAGGAGCUCAAAUUUUGUCUCAACUUCAAUGUUCAGGUAUGGUGUCUGUCUUGGACUUGAUGCAAGGCGGUUUCCCAUCACGAGCUUCAUUUCAUGAACUCUACAACAUGUAUAAAAAGUAUAUGCCAGAUAAACUUGCACGAUUAGAUCCAAGACUAUUUUGUAAGGCUCUUUUUAAAGCUUUGGGCUUAAAUGAAGUCGACUACAAGUUUGGGUUGACUAAAGUAUUUUUUAGACCUGGCAAGUUUGCAGAGUUUGAUCAGAUUAUGAAGUCUGACCCUGACCACUUAGCAGAGCUGGUCAAGAGGGUCCACCACUGGCUAAUCUGCAGUCGCUGGAAGAAGGUCCAGUGGUGCUCGCUGUCCGUCAUCAAACUGAAAAACAAAAUAAAAUAUCGAGCUGAAGCCUGCAUUAAAAUGCAGAAAACUGUUCGAAUGUGGCUUUGCAAAAGGAGACACAAACCUCGCAUUGAUGGCCUGGUUAAGGUGGGCACACUGAAGAAACGACUUGAUAAAUUUAAUGAAGUAGUAAGUGUAUUGAAAGAUGGAAAACCAGAGAUGAAUAAACAGGUCAAGAACCUUGAAAUUUCUAUUGAUGCUUUAAUGGCCAGAAUUAAGUCCACGAUGAUGACAAGGGAACAAAUACAGAAAGAAUAUGAUGCUCUAGUUAAAAGCUCAGAGGUCCUUCUCAGCGCAUUACAGAAAAAAAAGCAGCAGGAAGAAGAAGCAGAAAGGCUGAGGCGCAUUCAAGAAGAAAUGGAAAAAGAAAGAAAAAGGCGUGAAGAAGAUGAACAACGUCGAAGAAAGGAGGAGGAGGAAAGAAGGAUGAAACUUGAGAUGGAAGCAAAGAGAAAACAAGAAGAAGAAGAAAGAAAGAAAAGGGAAGAUGAUGAAAAACGUAUUCAGGCAGAGGUGGAGGCGCAGCUGGCCCGGCAGCGGGAGGAGGAGUCCCAGCAGCAGGCGGUUCUGGAGCAGGAGCGCCGGGACCGAGAGCUGGCGCUGCGCAUCGCCCGGAGCGAGGCGGAGCUCAUCAGCGAGGAGGCGCAGGCCGACCCGGCGGUGCUGCGCAGAAUUAAUGGAACAAGACGCACAAUGACACCGGAGCAAAUGGCGAAAGAGAUGUCAGAAAUUUUGAGUAGAGGCCCUGCUGUGCAAGCCACGAAGGCGGCUGCUGGUACCAAGAAGCAUGACCUCAGUAAGUGGAAGUACGCAGAGCUCCGUGACACCAUCAAUACUUCUUGUGAUAUUGAGCUCCUGGCAGCUUGCAGAGAAGAAUUUCAUAGGCGACUAAAAGUGUAUCAUGCUUGGAAAUCCAAGAACAAGAAGAGAAAUACUGAAACAGAACAGCGUGCUCCAAAGUCUGUUACUGAUUAUGAUUUUGCACCAUUUUUGAACAAUUCACCUCAGCAGAACCCGGCAGCCCAGCUCCCUGCCAGGCAGCAGGAGAUCGAGAUGAACCGACAGCAGCGUUUCUUCCGCAUCCCAUUCAUCCGCCCCGCGGACCAGUACAAAGACCCGCAGAAUAAGAAGAAAGGCUGGUGGUAUGCCCAUUUUGAUGGACCAUGGAUUGCCCGGCAGAUGGAGCUUCAUCCUGACAAGCCACCCAUCCUCCUCGUGGCUGGGAAGGACGACAUGGAGAUGUGUGAGCUGAAUCUUGAAGAGACAGGCCUGACUCGAAAGCGCGGUGCUGAGAUUCUGCCAAGACAGUUCGAAGAAAUCUGGGAGCGCUGCGGAGGCAUCCAGUAUCUCCAGAGUGCAAUCGAGAGCAGGCUGGCCAGACCCACGUAUGCCACGGCCAUGCUGCAGAAUCUGUUAAAGUAGAAGGUGCGCUAACCUUGCAGCUGGGAGCCCUGGCCUUGGCACUAGGUAGGGAGUGCGCCCCAGAGAUUGACCCCUCCUGCAAUCAAGUUAGGAUUACUUACACAAAGUGAACAGGUUUUACUAAUCAUGGCUUUUUGUUAAUUUAAGGUUUAUUAUGGUAGUGACUUUGGGACCGAAAAAUUGUUUUCCUGUAUCCAGCUGUAACUGUUAGACCUCUCAUCAUCAUCAUUGUGAUACUUGUUACACUUGGACAGACUCUGACAUCUCUCUCUCUUUGCCAACAGACUACCUUAAAUCCAUUUUAAUUGUUUGCUAGGAAAAGAAGUUUAUUUUUAAAAAAUGCAGAAUUCUUGUUUUUUAAGAAGGCCACAGUACCAUAAAACUGGAAUAAAGAAAACUUAAAUUCAGUUUUCUUACUACAGUCAAGGCACUUAGAGUGAUCAAGGCACUGGUGUUUUUUAUCUGAAAGCUGUAUCCUUCCUUCACUAACUUUUUCAGAAAUUCAUGGACGUUUCCAUCACAGUUGGAAAUUUGUAUUUUCCCCCCUAUUUUGCAAUGUCUUAGUUUGAGUAAAGCAAUUUACCUGAAGUUCUAGAAUUCUGGAGAGAGCCUUGAUAUGUCUGAUAAAAUCUUUGAUAGAGAAGGUACAUAGUAUCCUGCACGGAUUUGUUUUGCUUUUCUAUCACUUUGUGUUGCUAUAAGAAUAUGUUCUUACACUCCAUGAACAAAUAAAGGAAAUUUGGAUCGUUUAAAUGCUUGAAAGUUUUGAGAUAACUUUUGUUUCAUUUAGGAAAAAAAAUGAGUUUUAGGUGGCAGUUUGGCUUAACUGACUGAAUUCAGAUAUUCUUUCAGUUUCAUCUCAGUUGCAAUUUUGUAUCAGAAUCUUGUCCAAGUUGUUUCAUGUGAUUUUAAUGUAGUGUUCUGCUUCAAGACACUCCUGUUUUUAAAAAAAAAAAUUCCUUUUGUCUUUUUUGGCCUUUGAGAUUCUGGUAAUUGUAGAGCUCUUUUAUAAGCUUUGUAAUUCAAAAACCCUCUACUUAGAAAUUGCUUGUUUCAUGUAACUGAUAAUUUAAAAAAAUGCUUUUGUUUGUGUGCUGUUUAGUUUUGAUCAAAUGUCAGCAGUUUCAAGCCUACUAUUUCUAACUUUCAUAUUAGGAAUUUGGAAACAGAAAUACAUCAAGGAGUUAUGUUGACAUAAUCCUAAGAAGUCUUGUUUGUAUUUUAGAAUAAAAUUAGAAAAUAAAAUUAUUCUCUAUACCUUUUUUCCCUGAUGUUCAAAGACUCUAAACCUUUGAAAUGAAUUUCCAGUAAUUUUUUUUUUCUCCUCGAAAGAGCCACCUCAGUUAGGAAAGUAUUUCUCAGCUGACUAGAUUAGAGCUUGUAAGCCAGACACUGUUUUCGGAAUUGCUUCUCUCAUAAUAUGUCCUGGUGUAGAGAUGUUUAUUUAUUAUGACACUGUGCAAAUAAUGGUCUUCUGCUAAAGAAAUUAAACGGCCCUGUCUGUCCUGUUGAGAAUGUCAAUGUGAUCGUCCUUUGAAAGCUGUGUUACUGGGUGGACUCACCCACCCUGGGUCAUGCAAUCCCUGUGAUUUGGUGACAGAAGGUCUGGUUACUGAAAAUAAAUAUGUCCUCUUCUUCCUCUUCUCUUCACUUGCCUCUAACUGGUGUUUUUAUUUGUAUAGAAUAGUGAAGGAUAAGCUUUUCUUCUUAACUGGUAGCAAGUAGAGUCCUGGAAGAAAAUUUAGCAAUCAAAUAGAUUUUUAAUGCCUUGCGCCUUUAGUACUGUUUCCAGAAACAGUAUUAUGUAUGUCCGAGAUCCAUGCGGGCACUUGAUGGACAGCUAAUCACACAGGGUGAUUUAUGGGAAUGAGAGAACUUCAAGUUGUGAAGAAUUUGGGAAACGUAUCACAGCCGGUGUCCAUCUCAAGCCCAGAACUUAACUUAGUGCUCUUGAGUGCAGUUUACUUUUGUUUUUACAGCUCAAAUCCUGUCCAAAAGUUUCUUUGGAAUGAUGUCAUAGAUCAUUAUCUAGGCUUUGGAAGUCUUUAGUCACUCAAAGGGUUUAUGAAAUGGGCCUGACCUUUAUGCUCUUUGAAUCACUGAAGGGUACAGAAAAAAGUCUAGCUAAGAAAUAAUAAUUGAGUAUUUUUUUAAAAAGAAAUAUAUCACAGCAAAGCAUUGUUACAGAUCUUUAUAGUGUUUUACUUUAGUAGCUGAUAAAAUUAUAGUCAGUCUUAAGCCUGAAGUCAUUUUAUUGCUAAUUGUGUUACACAGCUGUCCUAGAACACAUCUAUUUUAAGUAGUCUCCUGAGUUAGUUCUGACUCCAGGAGACCUGCCCUAGUUCAGAUAGACUUCCAGUCACCUCCACAUAACAGCUUCACACACGCAGAAGCCCCUUUGCUGGAGAAGCCUAGGACCCUUCAUCCUUUGACGGAAAUAGUGGAGGUGGCCUUCUGAAAAAUGUGGAUGCAGCUUCUUACAGUGUUCGCAGUCAAACCCAGAAAUGCCAGAUGAAAACCGGAUGAAUCAAAUGUAAAUUUAAAUUUUAAUCAGUCAUUUUAAUUGGGAUAUAAAAUUAGAAGUUUAAACCAGCAUGCUCUACAUUAAGAACCAAUUCUUCUUAAUGCUUGUCUUGCUCAAUACCAGUUCCUUCCUUAGCAUAUGCUUUGUAAAGGUAGACGUCCAUAAAAUAUUAAAACUGAGAAAACAAAGUUUUCACAUUCAGCUGUAAUGGAAUUCCUAAUUCAUUAACACAUUUAAGACACAUAUUGCGAGUUAUGGGUAGGCUCCAAGAGAAAGUUUCUCUAAUACUCACGUGUUAAGAGAGAAGUGAGUUUCCUUAGUUGUAAGGUUGAGUAGAUGGCACCGUCUCAAAGGAUAACAGGAAGAGAUAGAAGAGUGCCUUAGGAGCACAGGCCCUCACAAAAGACAUUCUGUUGUAACUUACCUUCUGCUUCCUAUAGUGACUUUUUACAGGUCAUUCUUUCCGGUAACAUAGUGAACACUUUUGCAGACAGCAAAACGAAAGAUCAUAUCAGAUCACAAAAGAAAAUAGCAUCUUAUGUGGAACACAAGUGGUAUUUGUGAAAACUUAGAGAAUAGAAACUCACAGGCGCAAAGAAUAAUGAGGAUUUUGUAGUUUUAUUAAUUGGAUUUUUAAAAAGCUAUUUUCAUUCACAGGUUAUUGCAAUGGUUCUCAGGGGAUCCAAAUAGGUAGGUCUUUGGUUUCUUCACCUGAACCACCUUGAGAGUACUGGAUCAGUAGAAUAAAUAGUAUUGGAUGAAUCGGUCAGUGAAUUAUUACAGUGUUAGUGGUAGACUUGACUGCUUUUACGGAAGAGGUUAACAGGGAUCCAGACAACUCAAGUAAUUGAGUUCUAGACUGUGAAACAGAGAGAAAUGCCUUCACGCCACUCGUGGAGCACGGAAUCAAAGCAAGCAGACUUCUUUGAGUAAGUCCUGGGGUUUGCAGAGGGUUGCCCCCCCGUCACUCCCCAUCUUCAGAAGGGGUGGCAGCUUUUGUCUGUGUCGCAUAGCCAGCAGUAACAAUUACUGACUUUUUAUUUCUCCUCGAAGAUAAACUAACAAGGGAGGGCAGGGCAGAGAAUACCUAAAAAUUACAGUAAGGACAAGCAGGGGCAGGGGUCAGGGGCAGCUAGAACAGUAAGGAGAGAGAAGAGUGAUGGGAGAGGAAGAACAGGGAUGCAUCCUGAAGAGCUGCACGCCAGGCGGAAAGCACUGAGGCGGGGUAGGGGGCCUGGUACUCCUGGAUCCUCCCCAGGUUUUAGAAUGAACUGUAUGCAGUAGAAGAGCGGAGCCCAUGGACCUAUUGAGCCUGGACUGAGGCAGGCCUGGUGUAGAUAUUCUUAGCAUAUAAAAUGGCAUGCUGGGGAAGGCCAGUAGACAUUGUGUGCAUAAGCCUUGUGGAAGGAUGACAUAGAGAUCCUUUGAGAGGUCAGGCCUACCCAUUCCUGGACCAGAUCUGGAGGACAGUGAAGUUCAAGUCAAAUCAGUGUAGUCUUCCUUCCCCAUGACUAACCUCAUGUAUGAAGUCAGCUUGGUUGUCGUAGUCUUCAACAGGAGAUAACCAGGAAGAAGUUCACAUCAAAAAGAAAAUCUUUAGUCUUAAUUUUUACCUGUACCAGACUCUUACCUUCAGAUCUAAGUAGGUAUAUUACUUGGCUGUUUUCGUUUUGAAAAUUCAAUGAAUUAUAUCUGUUACUUAAUUUUUCCUUAUUUCCGAAAGAUGUGUAUCUGACACUGUCCUAAAAUACUGAUGUACUGGAAAUACAAAUAAUAAAUACUUUCUAUGUAGAACUUC